CCACGCAGCCGUCGGCUCAGGUGCAUCUGUGCUGUUGCCACUGCCGGCAGCCCCACUGCCUGCAGCCUCCGCCUGAUGGGGUGGUGACCACCCCGCCCCCAGUUUGUCGCCAGAGCCAUGGGGUCCAAUGACAGUACCUGUUUCCAGCUGAUGAACAUCACCGAGGAGGAGCGGAGCCUGAUUGCCUCUCCCUGGUUCGCCGCCUCCUUCUGCCUGGUGGGCCUGGCCUCCAACCUGCUGGCCUUGAACGUCCUGGUCAGAGCACGGCAAGGCAGCUCGUACACGCGUUCCUCCUUCCUCACCUUCCUCUGUGGCUUGGUCCUCACCGAUUUCCUGGGGCUGCUGAUCACCGGGGCCAUCGUGGUGUCCCAGCACGCUGUGCUCCUCGAAUGGAAAGCUGGCUGCAGCCUCUGCCACUUCAUGGGCGUCGUCAUGGUCUUCUUUGGCCUGUCCCCGCUCUUGUUAGGAGCCACCAUGGCCUCGGAGCGCUACCUGGGCAUCACCCAGCCUUUCUCCCGCCCUGUGGCCAGCUCACAGCGCCGGGCCUGGGCCACAGUGGGGCUGGUGUGGGCCGUGGCCCUGGCGCUGGGCCUGCUGCCGCUGCUGGGUGUAGGCCGCUACACUGUGCAGUACCCAGGCUCUUGGUGCUUCCUCACACUCGGCUCUGAGUCAGGAGACAUCGUCUUUGGGCUGUUGUUUGCAUUCCUGGGCAGCCUCUCGGUAGGCCUGUCCUUUGUGCUCAACACCAUCAGUGUGGCCACCCUGUGCCAUGUCUACCACGGGCAGGAGGCCGCCCAGCAGCGCCCACGGGACUGCGAGGUUGAGAUGAUGGCUCAGCUUAUGGGCAUCAUGGUGGUGGCCAGCAUCUGUUGGAUGCCAUUGCUGGUCUUCAUCGCCCAGACUGUGCUGCAGAGCCCGCCCGCCAUGAGCCCGAACAGGCAGCUGCCCCGAUCCGUCGAGCGGCAGCUCCUCAUCUACCUGCGCGUGGCCACCUGGAACCAGAUCCUGGACCCCUGGGUGUACAUCCUGUUUCGCCGGGCGGUCAUCCGGCGCCUCCACCCUCGCCUCAGCACCCGGCCCAGGUCUCUCUCCCUCCAGCCUCAGCUCACCAGGAUGUCCAUGUGCCAGCCUAGCCCCGAUUAGCCCUUGUUCCUCCCUAACGGUCACAUCAGCUGGUUCUGAAGUUCCAGGAAUGACUGGACCGAUGGACAAAGACUUUAAGAAGCAAGAUCGUGGGCUGUCUUCCAGCAGCCCUGAGGACUCCCCAGAUCUUCCCUUACCCCCUUUCCAAAGCCCUUCCUCCUCUCAACCCCCCAACCCCAGGUAGAGUAUGUGGGGGUGUUGGGAGGGUGUCUGGAGGAAAUCAGCCUUGGGAGCUCCGAGGCAACAGCCUCCCCUUCUAGAAAUCUUCCAGAAAUGGGGGGACUUUGACUCGUAAAUAUUGCUCCCCAACCCAAGAAGGCUGUCUCGAGACCGGACAUGCAUGGGCAGGACACUGCCUUUCUUGCCAAAAUCUCUCUCCACCCGGCUUGAUUUUCCUUUGGGCUGAUCGCUGACAUUUGGGGUGUCAGGUUGCUGUCUAAUUGGCUGCAGUGGUGAGCAGGGCUGGGCUGUUGGGGUGUGUGUUGGGGACGCGGGCGGUACUUGGUUGCAGUCCCUCCCCACCUCCCUUGCUGGCUUUACCAAGCCCUUCACAGUGUGAUCACGUGGAAUUCUCCCUACAUCCCCACGGGAAGGGUUCUGGCAGUAAACCCACUUUGUUGUAAAGGAAUAAAUACCAAGGAGAGCCCUCGUAAGCCUUUCCUUCACUCAACAGCACUUGCUACUCCCCACUAAAUGGGACAGCGUCUGUCUGAGCCGAGUAGGUGCUCAAUAAAGAUUGAAGACCAGAUGGACCCCCGAGAUUCCGUGUAGCCCCACAGAGCUGCAGAGUGUGAGUG